CGGGCAGGCGGGCAGGCGUCCGGGCCCGCCCCUCCGCCGGCAGGACUAAAGGCGUCGGCUCCGCGUGCUGAGCCCGCUCUCGCUGUUUCUGCCGCUACUCCGAGGAGCUGGUGCCAGGCGGGCGGGCGGCUCCCUGCACCCCUAGCUCAGGGAAACAUGCCUAACGAGCAUACUGUGCGUGCCGCAGUUGCAAAGCCUGUGCCCAGCCCUGUGCUCUUGAAGUCCUACAGAGCCCUGCCUGAUGACUCGUCCCUUAACAACAUCAACGUGAACACUGCCUCCAGCCCUGUACAGAAUGGUCUCCAUGUUCCAGAAAAGGGGAAGACCGAGAAUCCUGAAGGAGAGAAUCCUCAGGCAGAAACUCAUCCACCAAAUAUGGGGGAAGAUAGAUGUGCUCUCUGGACCGUGCGGCGGGAUGGAGAAGUCCAGCUAAGGAUGGAGAAGUUCGGCUUUGGGAGUGAGCUUCCAAUGACCGUUCACCAGUUCAUGAGGGACUCUGUCAUCAAGUAUGGGGGGUACAUGGCCCUUGGAACGAAAAAGGAGAAGGAGUGGCACAUGCUGUCUUACAGAGAGUAUUACAACGAGUGCUGGAGGGCUGCCAAGUCUUUUCUCAAGCUGGGCCUUGAGCGUUUCCAUGGCGUGGGAAUCCUGGGAUUUAAUUCUGCCGAGUGGCUCAUCGCUGACAUUGGUGCCAUUUUCGCUGGGGGAUUGGCUGUUGGCAUUUAUACUACCAAUUCUCCUGAUGCUUGUGAGUACGUCCUUAACCACUCUCAGACCAACAUCUUGGUGGUGGAGAAUGAAAUCCAGUUAAACAAGAUUCUCCAGGUUAAGGAAAAAUUAAGUUAUCUGAAAGCAAUUAUCCAGUACAGGGGACAAAUCAAAGAGAAGAUGCCAGACCUUUAUUCUUGGGAUGAAUUCAUUGCCAUGGGGGCGAGCAUGCCUGAUGAGCCGCUAGAAGAAAUUCUGGAAUCACAGAAGCCCAACCAGUGCUGUACACUGAUCUAUACCUCAGGGACCACUGGACAGCCCAAGGGAGUGAUGCUCAGUCAUGACAACAUCACAUGGACGUCGGGAAUGGCAACAAGUAGCCUCACACUGAGUUCACCCCCGGACCAUCAGGAGGUUGUGGUGAGCUACCUCCCCCUCAGUCACGUUGCUGCCCAGAUGAUGGACAUCUGGUUACCCAUGAAGAUUGGUGGGACCACAUACUUUGCUCAGCCUGAUGCACUUAAGGGCACAUUGUCUAUGACUUUACGGGAGGUGAGGCCUACAGCAUUCCUGGGAGUGCCCCGGGUGUGGGAGAAGAUGCAAGAGAAGAUGAAGGAGGCGGGGGCCGCCUCUUCCUCGUUUAAGAAGAAGGUGGCCACGUGGGCCAAAUCCGUGGGUCUUCAGAAAAACGUGAAACGGAUGAACGGGGAGGCAGAGUUUUCUCUGGGCUACCAUCUAGCCAAGUGGUUAGUGUACUCCAAAGUUCGGGUUGCCCUGGGCCUGGAUCGCUGUGCCCAGUACUUCAGCGGAGCUGCCCCCAUCACCAAGGACACCCUAGAGUUUUUCCUAAGCUUCGAUAUGCCUGUAUGUGAGCUGUACGGCAUGAGCGAGAGCACAGGGCCCCACACCAUCACCCACCGAGAUUGCUUCAAGCUGAUGAGCUGUGGGAAGGUGAUGCAUGGUUGUAGGAACCUGAUUCACCAGAAGGACGAGGAGGGCGUCGGGGAGGUCUGCUUCUGGGGCCGCCACGUCUUCAUGGGCUACCUGGACAUGGAAGACAAGACUAGGGAGGCGAUCGAUGAAUGGGGCUGGCUCCACUCUGGGGACCUUGGGAAGAUGGACUCCAGUGGAUUCCUUUAUAUCACAGGCAGGAUCAAAGAGCUCAUCAUCACCGCUGGGGGAGAAAACGUCCCUCCUGUCCCCAUUGAGGACUUGGUCAAGGAGAAGAUCCCAAUCAUCAGCUAUGCCAUGUUGGUGGGCGACAAGGCCAAGUUCCUCAGCAUACUCUUAACCCUUAAGUGCGAGGUCAACCUAGAUACUGGGGAACCCCAAGAUGAACUUUCACCCGAAGCCCUGGAAUUCUGCCAGAACUUGGGGAGCAAUUCCAAAAAAGUGUCAGAUAUCAUAAAUGGCAGAGACCCCCUUGUUUAUAAAGCUAUUGAGAAGGGCAUUGAGGAGGUCAACAGGGAGGCCACCUCCAAUGCCCAGAAGAUCCAGAAGUGGAUGAUACUAGAGAAAGACUUCUCCAUCGUUGGCGGAGAGCUGGGUCCCACCACAAAACUGAAGAGGCCCGUAGUGGCCAAAAUGUACCAAGAACAGAUCGAAAGCUUCUACCAAUAGCUUCGGGUCAACCGGCCGGCGGCUGCCCAUCCUUGUAAAACUUAAUUUUUUCAGCCCAGUAGGCUGUGCAACAAACAUUUCCAGUGCCACAGACUGGCGCUGAUGUCUCUGUCCAGGCCCACGUAGUCCACGUGUCCGUCUGAGGGGCAUUCUUCUCUGGGAGCAAAUGAAGAGAGUAUUCUUAUUUGUAUACAUGUUGUUCAUUAUAUCUCUGGGUUCUUAGUCA